GGGUGGCCUCGCUCAGGUGUACGAAUGCUCCCAGGUACAACAGCACGCACACAACACACGCGCGCGCUUGCUGUCGUCGGACACGGCACGCGUCCCGCAUUCAAGACUCGUCUCCAGACCACGACGGAAGAAACCAUGCCGGCGGUAGUGCAGGUGCUGCCUAUGCAGCCUACGAAGCAGAUCUUCUGGAAGGUGGCGAUCGGUUUGUUGGUGCUCUUUUCGCUGUUGGUCCUAGCAGGCGCUGGGGUUAUCAUCUGGUACUUUGUCGCUCGCGACCAAAGCUCCCCUGAGCCAUCGGUGGCGGUGCGAUUUAUUGGCUCCUUCAGCAUCACGGACGCCACCUUCGAAGCGCCGCUCGUCGACCCGUCCAGUGGAAAGUUCCGGGCCCUCGCGAGCUCCACACAAGCCAAGAUCGAUGAAGUGUUCCAGUCAUCAGUGCUGUCUCCAUACUUCAAAGAAAGUAAAGUUUUGGGCUUCAGCAGCGGCAGCGUGGUGGUGCGGUUCCUACUGGCGUUCGCGGUCCAGUCGCUCGACAGCAACAAGUUGACCCGCCAGAACGUGCUGGACGCCUUCCGCGGCGGUGACCUCUACGAUGUCACCACAGGCACGAGCAUCAACCCUGGCUCCAUCGCCAUUAACUCUGAUGGAAAGACUGGAGAUUUGGAUAUCGUGGCAGACUGUCUGGAGGUCGUGAACUUGGGUGCCGGCUCUACGGUGUCGGUGGCAUCGCGGGCCGGAAAGUCGUGCGCAUGGAUGCUUGUGGCGCCCGAGGGCUCCCUGGUCCAACUUGCGCUGCAGGCCGACCCCUCCACGACCGUCUGCACCGAUGCCGUCGCCUUGUAUGAUGGGGUCCUCCCUGCUAACAGCAGCCUCGUCGCAGACACGUGCACCCCGGCCUCUGGGGCGAUAUCUUUCCAUUCGUCUGGGCGCAUCCUGCUGCUGGUGUGGCACAAUCUCGCCAACGGUGGCAGUGGCGGUGGCCACCAAUUGGACGCCGUCGCCCAGGCUGUGAAAAAACAAGAGUGUGGGGGUGUGCGUCAGCUGCUCCCCACCAUGGAACCUCCGGGCUUCGUGUCCACGCCUUUCUACCCGGACUUCUACCCCCCAUAUUUCAGCUGCAAUUGGACGUUCAUGAUGCCAAAUGACUCAUUUGGGCUUUCUCUAAACUUUGACGGAUACGAGCUGCAAGCACAGUCACCGUCAACAAGCCCAUGCCAGUAUGAGUUGUGGAUCAUCAACGGACAAAACUACUGUGGGGGCCUCGUGAGUGGAUCGCGCAUCCUGCGCGUUUCCACCGGGAUGCUGUCAGUCUCUGUCAAGUUUGCGUCGCAGGGAAUUCACACCCGCGGUGGGAUCAGAGCUGCUGUCGAUGUCUACGACAUCUACAACCCGUGUCCCAGGGGAGGAUUCCUGUGCGGCUCCAGCUCGGAGUGCGUGACCAAGUGCAACGGAAUCCCCGACUGCCCCGACAAGAGCGACGAGAUGAACUGCUCCUGUCCCAUGCAGUUCCAAUGUGCAGCAGGCGCUGAGUGUGUGGCCUUGUCCGCCGUUUGCAGUGGCUCUGCCGAUUGUGCUUCUGGGAACGAUGAGAAGAGCUGUCUCGGAGAAGAGGUCCUGUGCAGUGCGUUCACAUUCCACUGCAACAGCGGACAGUGCAUCCGCAAGCCGAACCCGGAGUGCGACGGCCACAGCGACUGCCCGGAUGGCUCCGAUGAGCACUCGUGUGCCUGCGGCAAACGGAUGGUGAAGAGCCGUAUCGUGGGGGGUGAGAGUGCCCUGGCGGGUGCCUGGCCAUGGCAGGCCAGCCUGUGGAGCGGCCUUACCAAGAACCACCACUGUGGCGGCUCCCUCAUCCACCCGAAAUGGGUCCUCACGGCCGCGCACUGCGUCUACGGAAAGGUUGAGGCCCUGAGUGACUGGACGCUCUUCUUCGGGAAACUGCUGCUGGACAAGGAGGGCCCGAUGGAGCAGCAUCGCUCGAUCCGUCAGAUCGUUGUGCACAGACAGUACGUCAGCUCGGAGAAUGACUACGACAUCGCGCUGCUAGAACUCGACUCGCCCGUCAACCUCACGGAGCAAGUGCAGACCGUGUGCAUGCCGGCCGCGUCACACGCCUUCCUGCCGGGACAGAUGUGUUGGGUUUCUGGCUGGGGGACUGUCAUAGGCAACGAAUUCUCCCUAUCCAACAACAUGCAGGAGGUCCAACUGCCCCUGAUAAGCCAGAGCGACUGCAUAGGCAGCUACGACCAUGCAACGCCACGCAUGCUGUGCGCCGGCUACCCUGACGGAGGAAAGGACGCGUGCCAGGGCGAUUCGGGGGGUCCCUUGGUGUGCGAGGAUCGCGGCUCCUGGUUCCUCGCCGGCUUGGUGAGCUGGGGCGUUGGCUGCGGGCUGGUCAACAAGCCCGGCGUAUACACCCGCGUCACCGCAUUCACCAAGUGGAUAAACAGCAUCAUCGCCCAAUCUUAACGUUCGGGCUCAUGACGGGCAAGUUUUUUCCCCGAAAGACCCCUCCAACUCGGUCCACCCGGCGGCAUAGGAUGGGUGCAUCGGUUGGUCGAACGGCUCGUCAACGCGUGUGCUGGGGGAAAGUGUGGGUUCUCCUCCCGCACUUCGCAAGACGAUCUUGGCCAGUGUGGAAGAGGAGACCAAAAGUACCUGCUGGAGAGGAGCUCUUCGUUGCUUCUUCUAUUGGAGGCCCUUCCACCAGCGGUGGAGGUGGUGAGAGAAAAAAAAUGUGCAGAGCUUUGCACCCUUACCUGUACCAUAAUGAUCACAAGGACUCGCGUGUAUUAUUUCUUAACUGUACAGACGGUGUUCACUAUUGACGGCUUGGCAUCAAACAGUAUCUGUUUACGGAUGUUUUAAACAGGACAAGUUUUUUGGAAGAGGAGUGUUGAUAAUGGUCAGAGUGAAAUGUGAAACGUUUUAUAUAUAUGAAUCUUCAGUGAAGAAAAUCUUCACCUGUUUACUUUUUCCAUGAAAUAUGACUACUACUGCAACUUGGUAGGGUUGUUAAUCCAUCAUAAACUUAAUGUGAACACGCCAAGAGUGUGUUUGUAUUAUACACUGCUGUCUUUGGUAAUAAUGAGGUUGGCCGAGAUGCAUGGGUGGGGUGGGGGACUGCGUUGCUACGUGGUUAUAAAGUAGGUUAUCUGGUUAAAGUUUUGUUCUCCUUGACAAUGGUCAAAAGUAACAUAUAUCAGUUUUGUCUUUUAGAUUUUAUAAUUUCACCAAAAUCGAAUCUCGCUAGAGUGAAUGCUUUUCACCUUUGUAUGCGUUGUACGUACUGGGUUCACGUGACCCCCCCCCUCCCCACCUGUAGCCACCAGUGGCCACUAGAUUCAACCCAGUGGGUAGACGUAACAACUAAUGAUCGAUUGCACAAUCGAAUCACAACCGUGAAUCGCGGCGAUUCAUCGAACAGUCGGGGAAUUAAUCUUCUUGACAUUUGUGCCAAAUAGUUAUAAGGAGCAUAUGGCAAAACCUAAAGCAUCGAUUCCUUGAAGCUUAAUUGUUCCACUUUAAAUGUAAAAUUGCUUGUGUUUUGCAGAUUUUUUUUUAAGUUGUCUCGGUAUAAAAUGAUGACGUAGUGAUGUGACACAAGCCCCUUCUUUGUAUAGCACUUCACGCCCACGUGGACACGUGCAAUUUACUAUCGGGCUCGCGGCAAUUAGUGGGUUCCGAUAUUGUACCGUGAUGACAUAAAUCUGCACGUCUGCACAGUGCAACAUUGGGAUAUUUUAAUCUCAUUUCCUAAUUUGAAGGGAAAAUUUCAAACCGAAUUUCCACGAGCUUCAGAGAAACACAUCUACUGAAAUCCACCUGUGUUCACCUCAUUUGAAGUGCAACACUGAAAGGGCCUGGCUUCUGUACAAAAAUGGUUGUCCUGCCUGUAAUGAAUUGCAUAUUUGUAAUUGCGAUGUUGCAGAUGGCGCGUAGAAUGCCGCGGUGCGGAAAUAUCCUGUCCGUGAGUAAUAAGCCAGAUUUAAAUCUUGACUUAAAGCUUUCGUGACUGCAGGCAUUCAUAUUCUUUGGGUCUUUCGGUAAAGUCACCACGUAGAUAGGUUCAAAGAAAAGAACAAAAAACUACGACGUUUCGAUCGCAACACAAGUUGUUUUGUUAUUUUCUUUGAACCUAUCUAAGUGACUUUACCGAAAGACUCAAAGAAUAUGAAGCCAGAUUUAGUUUGAGCACUUGCGUUAGCAAUGUGAAUAUAACGUUAGAAGUCGCAAAUUUUUAAAAUUUAAUCUCAUGUGCAGCAGUGUUUGUUGAUGAGAGCAAGCAUUUUGCUUUGUAUUAUUUACAAUUCCAAGGACAAUUAAAUAUAUUUCGUGAAUUUGUUUGAUAUUACUGUAGUUUAGCAUUUAAAGGUGGUGGGGGAAUGGUGGCACAGUGGUUGGUGCAUUGCACUAUGAACCUCGCAAAGUCCGUGUUUGGUUCUCUGCCAUGGCUAAGUGGUGAGUGAUAUCCCAACCACUGUCGGUUAAAAGUUCCACGCAAUAACCGCAUUGCAUCGCUGGAAUAGGCCUCAACCGCCCCCCCUCCCCCCACACACAGAUUUGCUUUAAUUGUAAUCGUCGGAUAUUAGAAUUUCAAGCAACGAUAAAAGGCUUGACUUGUUAAUGUUGCUACAUAACAAUUGUAGUAAACAAAUAUCCAAUUUUGAAUGGACAAUUUUUUAAAGAAAGAAGCUUGACCUGUUGGGUUCAUUCCCUGGGACAAACAAAAUUGUAUAGUGCUAUGAACGCACAUAAUUACGUAUUAUUGUUGCGUGGAUUUCUGUAAAAAAAAAGUACAGUAUCUUUUAAACGAUGUUAUUUCAAUGAAAAUUAUUUGCACGUGGUAUUGUGAAUCUUCUUUGGCCAUUGUGUAAAGUGUAUUGUUGUAAAUCGCAUUUAUUUUAAAGCUGCAAAAGUUAUAAAAACGCAUUGUAUGUUUGCUUCAAAUUGAGCCAACGACCUGUGUAAACCUUGAAAUUAGUUCAAGUUUGAGUAGCCUAUGGAGUAAUGUUCUUGUUAAAUGAUUGUUGCAAUAUGUAACUUUAUAAAAAAAAUAAAGACCAAAA